AUGGUGCGAGAUACAGAUGAGACCUUUGCUGAGUUACCUAGAUUCCUCUUCCUUUUGAAGGAAUCUAACAGCAGUACGGUUUAUAAUCUGGAGACGGAAGUUGACCGGCAGAGUCGAUCAAGAUUUAAGAAUUUGUUUUUGGCUUAUGGGUCAUGUCUGCGUGUGUUUGGCAAAUGUAGACAGAUAAUCAUUAUUGACGGCUCCAGUCUCAAAUGUGGUGGUCGAGAAUACAUGUUUGUUGCGGCUGGAGUAGAUGCAAAUAAUGAUCAAAUUCCCUUGGCAUUCGAGAUUGUAGAUCGAGAAUCAGCCGAGAAGGGUAUAUCAAUCCGUGAACUCUGGCAUUACGUUAGGAAGAGCUACAGGAUACCGGGUUUGCUUGGUUAUGUACAACAAGCGUCAAAGGCAUUCAAUUCGUGUGAUUUUAAGAAUGCUUACAAAGGCUUGGUUAGGAAAAACCCGCAUUGUGCCGAGUUCCUUCGGGCAAUAGGGUUUGAAAGAUGGAGCAUGAGACAUUCGAAAGGUGACCGCUUUGAUAUUUAUACUAACGAAGUAUAUGUGUUGCUCUUCGUCAAGGAGGAGAAGACAAUCAUGAAUUUGAUGAACCAUAUUAAUUGGUAUAUGGAUAUUACGUUUGAAGAGAGAUAUAGGAAGAAAAUUGAACAUGACGGGGCGUUAAGUCCCUAUAUUGAAGAGCUUGUUAAAAAAAAUCUUGAAGAUGUGAAUAGGUUUGCUAUUACAGAAGUUCACGGCCGUGCUUGUGUAGUGCAAUCCAAAUCUAGUGACGUCUAUAAGGUGAGCCUGGAAAAGAGGACUUGCUCUUGUGUGGUAUUUCAGAAGACGAUGGUACCAUGUGUUCAUAGUUUUCUAGCUUCACAACAUUUUGGUGUUUCCUCUGAUGUUAUUGUGAGCAAACGCUUUAGUACUGGGCAGUGGCUGAAGACAUAUAAUGUCCCUGUAAUGCCUUUUGGAAAUGUCGACGAAGAUGUCCUUCCCUUGAGUGUACCGUUAAUGAGAUUGAAGCCUCUUAUUCGAAGAACUGUUGUUGGACGACCACGUCAUUAUCCGGCUUUGGAUGUAAGUAUCGGAGGUUGA